AUGUGUUUGAAUGUCGGCGUCUUGUUUUGCUGUUAUUUGAUUAAAAGGACGUUGGUAGCGAGCCAUCAAAGUGUUGAGAGUUUUGAAUACCAUUUUGUGAUAAACUGCCAAACUUUGUUUUAACUUAGGACACUUACGGGAGACAGUUGAAUUAAAUAUUUAUUCUAUGUUAACAGACUUCGCGCAAUAUCGCAGCACUGAAAUCGCACCAAGCGUGUGUGGCAAUUGAAUUAAUAAUUUAUUUAAUGUUAGUUUCACAAUAGAAAACCUCGUUUCGCCUCAGUGAAAGGAAAAAUGUCGACAUGUCAAUGCAUUGUUGUGGAUUUAUGAUUAUGAAAUCAAAUACUAAAAAAGGAAUUUGCAAGAAAUGCGAAACAGAAUAGAAUCGCUUCUUCCAGAUAAUCCGUCAAAACUAGUGAAAAUCAUCGUUGUUAGAUAAUUAUAUAUUUUGCACGGUUCGGCUGGACUGGCUUUAUAAAAAUAAGUAAUACCGUCGUCGUGCGCAUCGCGUGUUAUGUCAGUCUGUCUUUGAUGGCGUCCGCCACAUAGUGGUAAAUUUGUUGUUUUGUGUUGUCGUUUUUUUACCGUGGCUGUGGCGUUCAAGCGUCAGCGGGUUCUGAACGCUCUGGUCAACCAGUCAGGUUUCCUUCUGAUACCAACUAAAGCCGUGUAAAAACACCAGCGUCUAUUUGGACCGGAAGCAGUUUUCGACAAGAUGUCGGCGCGUCGGACGGCCCGAGUGUCGGAGAGCGGGUCGGCGCAGCAAAAGCGAGCACAGUGGAGCACGCAGGCCUAUAAGGUAGACGAACUGCUAAGCCAGUUCAGCCUCCCGCAAAUAGUGAAGUGUCAACCCCUGUCGAUCUUGGUCAAGCGAGACAGCUCAUCAAUGCCGGUCAACCUCGGUCAGCCGAUACUGCUGUUCGAGUCUCGCGCCGUCCGGAAGUUACUGGCGCGGAACGUGGUACUGGACCCUCUGACCGGUCGCUUUACAGAGAACGAUGAUACUGUGACUAUUCCCAAUGAUUAUGAAGGCUCGUUCCUACGACUGCGUUCGCGGACCUCCAAAGACCACACGACACACAAGACGAUCGAGUCCUUGGCCAACAUCAAAGCCUUCCUCAACCUGAGCAAGAUGGCCGCCUACCGGAUGGUCAACCCGCACAACGGCGUCGGCGAGUACCCCAGGUUAGAUUACCUUCCCGGAAACGUGUUCGCCGUAGAUACCUUGCUCACCGGAAGCGCAAAACUGAAGCAGGACGGGAAAUUCCUGGUGCAUAAAAACAGUUCUUCGAAGGAUAUGAAGAUCCUUAAGUGUCGCGACGACAAAGACAAUCCGAUCAUUAUGCCCCUAAGUCAGAGUGGCGAGUUCGUAGAAAUUAUACCUAAUGACCUCAACGGCAGCAAUCGUCUGUCCGUCAACAGCGCCGAGCUUGUCGAGAAACAAACAUUUCCCAUCGUCGUUCGCUACAUCCGGGGACCUUUCAAACCGCGUCUAAAAAGCUUCACUGGACUGUUCACGCUCCUGGAUUCGUUCGAGGAGAAUACGAUAGUGGGGUGUGUCCUCGACAAGAACGGUUACACGUUCAUGGAACUGCCUGUGUGUUCACCGUUGACCUUUCACCUUGCGCUCAAUUUCACCGAGCUUCAAGGUCAUCCUAUGGUGAAAAACGCUUUACGACUUUGCGACACCAACGGUCACAAUUUCGCUCGGGAUUUGAAAUUCAAAUUCAAGUUUGCGCAACGCACUGAACAACCAGAGACUCCCGAUAAGCCUCCAGAUGAGGCGGAUGAUCCCGGCGAGUCACCAAGCGCUCGCAAUAGCAUUAAAGGAUUUGGUGUGACCUCAACUUAUAUCUAUAUUUGAAAAGAGUUUGUCGAUAUGGACGGUCAAACCAAAGUCAAACGCGCACUGCUUUGGUAAGAGAUUAACUGCAGAUGAAGUAGCACGUGAAGCGUUUAGACCAAGGAGCGCUGGACACGUGUUAAGACAGCAAGUAAUAGAGUAUGGUUGUUUCCGAGGUACUAGUAUAUGUGACUUAAAACUACGGGGAUACACACCGUUUGAACUUACAAUAAUGAAGACCUCUUGUCGAUGCAAUAACAUUAAAGUGCUUAAAUUUAAUCGGUGUAAUGGAUUAUGUCUUUCGUCUGAAUGAAGAUGACUGUAUAACAAAGGAUACCAUAAGGACCUGGUUAUCGCAGAAUACAGGUUUACUGAAAAAGCAUGUAUUUUUAGAAAAUACAGAACUUAUAUAAAAUAACAUAAAUACUCAAAAUCAACAAAUAUUUCGCAAAAUAUUUCGUAAAAAAUAACCCAUUAAAACAGUGUUCCUUUCAGUGACACAAUUUCAGCGCUAGAUGUAGAAUGGUAACAUAAAUUUAACGAGAUACAAAAUUCUCGUUUUUAUUUUGUGUACGACAAUAUAUUACAUGUUAAUUUUCCGCCACGCUAUCCGAAUAUUUAAGAGCGAACGCGAGACUCGCUUCGGGCAGGGUCGGAAGAACGACGUAUUCGUUAGAACUGGUAGGUACAUGAAAUAUAUUGUGACACACAAAAAUAAAAAUUAGCAUUUUGUAUCGCGUUAAAUCUUCGUUAACAGACCACACCUAGCGUUGAAAUUUUGGCUAUUGCUACAAGGAACAUUGUUUUUUUAUGUGUUAACCUUAUUUUACUAAAUAUUGUACGAAAUAUUCGACGAUUUUAAGAAGAAUGUAAUAAUAUUUAAGCGUAGUUUACAACACGCAUAUUUUAUUUAUUUUUUUUGCUCAAAACAUGUUAAUGUAUAUUUAUGUAUUCUUGUACAAAAUAUAUUGCAUUAUAUAUUGCAUUUCCUUUGUGAAAUGAAGGAUAACUUUCAUAGUCCGCACACACGGUCAUUCAAAUAGUCUGUGCUUCUUGAUCUGUAUCCAAAGAUUGUGAAGAUGAAGCGAUAUUUAUCAUUCUGAAUUUGUUGAAAGGAUUGGGCUCGGAUGUUUUACCAGGAUCCAAAUUUCAAUCGUUUCACGUUCACAGAUUCUCUGAUUUUAGACAAAUUACAUAAUUAAAAUCAAUGCCUUUACUUUAAUAUUUGACAUUUUUAAUAAUAAUACCAAGCGCACGGAUAAAAUAAAAACAGUGAAUUCCCUGGCUGUCGAACCAAGGACUUUUCUAACGUUCUAUGAUAACGCCAUGUCGUCUUUUUAAGUGAAGAUAUGGUUUAAACACUAAUUUACAAAAAUAAUGAGGAAAAGCUUUAAAAUAUCGAUUUUGAUUGAUGAUUGUCCUUUAACGAACCGAUAUUUUUAAGAUUUUUUCUUAAUCUAGUGUGUUAUUUUGCUUGUUUAAAUAUUAUAAUAUUGCUGGUUUAAAUAGUAGAAAUACAUUUUUAGCUCAUAUAUUUUUUUUUUUUAAAUUAUGAGCUAUUGUCAUCACCUUAGCGUUGGCGUUGGCGUCCGGUUAAGUUUUGCGUUUAGGUCCACUUUUCUCAGAAAGUAUCAAUGCUAUUGCAUUCAAACUUGGUACACUUACUUACUAUCAUGAGGGGACUGGGCAGGCAAAGUUAGAUAACUCUGGCGUGCAUUUUGACAGAAUUAUGUGCCCUUUUUAUACUUAGAAAAUUGAAAAUUUUGGUUAAGUUUUGUGUUUAGGUCCAUUUUAUUCCUUAAGUAUCAAAGCUAUUGCUUUCAUACUUGCAACACUUACUAACUAUCAUAAGGGGACUGUGCAGGAAAAGUUAUGUAACUCUGACUGGAAUUUUGACAGAAUUAUGUGCCCUUUUUAUACUUAGAAAAUUGAAAAUUUGGUUAAGUUUUGUGUUUAUGUCCACUUUAUUCCUACAGUAUCAAAGCUAUUGCUUUCAUACUUGCAACAGUUAUUAACUAUCAUAAGGGGACUGUGCAGGCAAAGUUAUGUAACUCUGACUGGCAUUUGGACGGAAUUAUAGGCCCUUUAUACUUAGAAAAUUGAAAAUUUGGUUAAGUUUUGUGUUUUGGUCCACUUUACCCCUAAAGUAUCAUAGAUAUUGCUUUCAUACUUGGAACACUCGCAAACUAUCAUAAGGGUACAGUAAAAGGACAAGUUGCAUAACUCUGGUUGUCAUUUUUAUGGAAUUAUGGCCCUUUUUUGACUUAGUAACUUUGAAUAUAUGGUUAAAUUUUGUGUUUCGAUCCACUUUUUUUCUAAAGUAUCAAGGGAUUCAAGGCUAUUGCUUUCAAACUUCAAAUACUAUAAUGCUUUCAUGAGGUUACUGUACCUGGCAAGUUGAAUUUUACCUUGACCUUUGAAUGACCUUGACUCUCAAGGUCAAAUUAUUUAAUUUUGCUAAAAUUGCCAUCUUUAUUAAUGAUUAGAUUUGAUUGAUACUUUGACAAAACUACUUUUUACCUGACAUACCGCAAAAGAUCAUCUUACAAAUGACCACCACACCCUCACACUUUACCUAAA